AUGUCGCAGACCCGGCCCGCAGCUUUCUCGAGCCUCAGGAUGGGAGAGGUAAUCCGCGAGAAGGUGCAGGAUGGUGUCACCGGAGAGACUCGAGAUAUGCAGUACACGCAGUGCAAGAUCGUGGGCAACGGCUCCUUCGGUGUCGUCUUCCAGACCAAGCUCUCCCCCUCGGGCGAGGACGCGGCCAUCAAGCGCGUUUUGCAGGACAAGAGAUUCAAGAACCGAGAGUUGCAAAUCAUGCGCAUUGUUCGUCACCCUAACAUCGUCGAGCUGAAGGCGUUCUACUAUUCAAAUGGCGAGAGAAAGGACGAAGUUUACCUCAACCUGGUCCAGGAAUAUGUUCCCGAAACCGUCUACCGCGCCUCGAGAUAUUUCAACAAGAUGAAGACCACCAUGCCAAUCCUCGAGAUCAAGCUGUACAUCUACCAACUCUUCCGCGCCCUCGCCUACAUCCACUCGCAAGGCAUCUGCCACCGUGACAUCAAGCCGCAAAAUCUGCUCCUGGACCCAAGCACCGGCGUGCUGAAGCUCUGCGAUUUUGGAAGCGCCAAGAUCCUGGUCGAGAAUGAGCCAAACGUCUCCUAUAUCUGCUCCCGGUACUACAGAGCUCCCGAGUUGAUCUUUGGCGCGACAAACUACACCACCAAGAUUGACGUAUGGUCGACUGGCUGUGUCAUGGCGGAGUUGAUGCUUGGUCAACCUUUGUUCCCCGGAGAGUCUGGAAUUGAUCAGCUCGUGGAGAUCAUCAAGGUUCUUGGUACUCCGACCCGCGAUCAGAUCCGCACCAUGAACCCAAACUACAUGGAGCACAAAUUCCCUCAGAUCAAGCCGCACCCCUUCAACAAGGUCUUCCGCAAGGCGGAUGCCAAUGCCAUUGAUCUCAUCUCCUGCCUCCUGGAGUACACCCCUACCGAGCGACUCUCCGCAAUCGAUGCCAUGGUUCACCCAUUCUUCGACGAGCUGCGCGACCCCACCCUGAGGCUCCCUGACUCCCGCCAUCCAAACGGACCGUCCAAGGACAUGCCCACCCUCUUUGACUUCUCCCGUCAUGAACUUUCAAUCGCCCCGCACCUCAACUCGCGACUCGUCCCUUCGCAUGUUAAGGCUGAUCUGGCGGCGCGAGGCCUCGACAUUGACAACCUCACCCCGAUGACGAAGGAGGAGAUGAUGGCCCGAUUAGAUUGA